AUGCGCCACCUCCCCUACCUCUCCUACUACCUCUACCCCAUCCUCGCAGGCCUCAUCUGGCUAGCCACCCUCCUCGCCCUCCUCAUCCACUGGCUCGUCCCCCCCGUCUCCCGAGCGCACUACCCCUCCAUGGCAGCCUCCCAACAAAUAGCCUACAUCUCCGACGUCGGCGCCUCAACACUAAAGCCCCUCUUCAUCACCGGCUGCGUCCUCACCACUGUUUUCCUCGACAUCUCCUUCGCGGCAGAUUACUACCUCCGCCACAAAGGCCGGUUGGUCCCCAACCAAACCCGGACGGAGACAGUCCUCGCCUUUCUCACCAUCGGGUUCGCAAUCAUUGGAACUGUCGGGUUGAUUUUGCUCUCGGUGUUCGACACGGCGAGGUACCCGAAGCUGCACAAUAUUUUUUUGCUGCUGUUUAUUGGGGGGUAUGUGCUGUCGGCGAUUUUUAUUUGUUGGGAGUAUCAGCGGUUAGGUCAACACUAUAAACACCACCACCACCUCUCCACAUCCUUCUGGAUCAAACUAACAUUUGUCAUUCUGGAAAUCUUGCUAGCGAUCGCUUUUGUGUCAUGCACAUUCACCCAGCACUACAACGCCGGCGCGGUGUUGGAGUGGGUUAUUGCUUUUAUCUUUUCGGCGUACGUGUUUAGCUUUGUGGUUGAUCUCUGGCCUGCGAUCAAGACGCAGCCAAAUUUGAAUUUGCACAACCCAAGAGAAAAAGGGAUGGGGUUUGAGGGGAAUGGGGGGCAGGUGGUGAAUGGGAAUGGGUAUGGGAAUGGGGAUGGGAAUGGGACGGGGGACAUGAGGUAUGUCGGGGCGAGCGAGAUGGAGGAGGGCGGGGGGGAGAGUAGCGGGAGUCAUUUGCCCAUUCAGGGGUAUGGGAAUGCAGUGGGCGGUGGGCCGGUGAUGGGGUUGACGGAUCACAGUAGCAGGCCGGUGACGAGGGAGAGGGGGUUGGCCGGUAACUUCUAA